UUGAGAUAAUGUCUGGUUUAAGUAGCAUGACAAUGGGAACAAUGCUGAGGGACCGGUGUGGAUCUACCAGCUCUGCUGAGAGCUCCUCCCUCUCCUCCCAACCCAGCAGUCCACCUGAUUGCGGUGCUAUGGAGGAUCCAAGAAGAUUGAGACAGUCCAACUCCUCUCGGUACAAGACAGAACUAUGCCGCGCGUUCGAAGAGUACGGCACGUGCAAGUACGGAGAGAAGUGCCAGUUCGCGCACGGCAUGGCCGAGCUCCGUUCUCUCUGCAGACAUCCCAAGUACAAGACAGAACUCUGCCGGACUUUCCACACUGAGGGUUUCUGUCCGUACGGUAAGAGAUGCCACUUUGUCCACACCCCUAAAGAAGAGUUAGGACAAAACGCAACCGAGAUGAAGCUCUCACCCCUAGAACCGUACGCGAUGCAAGGUUCAGAGUCUGUCUUCCUUCCUGAAAACUUCUCCCCUAUAUCCCACCUUCCCUCUCCCCCUGCCCCCCGUAUUGACUACUACGACCCCCUCAAGCGGUCCAACCAGCUCAUGUUCCAGCAGCAGGACUAUAUGGCCCAGCAGAUGCCCUACCGUAACCUUGGUAACGAGCUAAAGAGAUGGUCUAGUCAGCAAGCUACCCCCAACUACAACAGAAGAACUGCAGCAGCCCAGAUCCCUCCCCCUGUCUCCGACUGGCAGACAGCUCAAGCUCUAAGGAACGUGUUGAACUUGACGAAAAAUAGCCGACUCCCCGUCUUCAGCGGUCUAGGGACGGCCUAAAGUUGAAAUGAAGGUGCCGCCUCUCUCGGCACAUGUGCUCCUGUGUUGUCAUGACAAUGCGGUUUGGUUGGUGUUUAUUCUUCGGUUUUAAAGGUAAUUCCUCUAAUUUAUUCAUAAACUACCUCCGUCAGGUAAUUUGGAUUUUGUUUUGUUUUGAUUGCAUUACUCUUAUAUAUGGUUUUUUUCAAACAGACAAUUAAUUUAAUUUAAUUUAAAUCUCUUUUAUCUUUAACAAAGGCAAUAGUACUGACUUUUGUGGUGAAAGUUUCCCGUGCCUAUUACCGACAAUUUAAUUUAUUUGAACCCUGCUCCUUAUCCAGAUUCCCUGUUUUGAAUCAGAUUUUCUCGACGCGGAUUUGAGAACAACAAUUUGAAAUUGACCUUUUCCAAGACCGAUAUAACCCCAAAGUUCGAACUUUUAGCCACAAAUGCCAGUUCCAAUUGCCUUGUUUGGAUAUAAUGUAAAUACGAUCGGUAUAAUGUUUUUGUAAAUUAUUAAAUCUUACAGCAACUUUCCAUGCUCCUUGUUUUUAUGCUAAGUUAUUCCGCUUUGCACGUGCAUGCACGGAUUUCUGCACGCGAGUGAGACUGUAACCAUGGCAAUGGCCAUGGUAACAACUUCACUACGGGGAAAAGUCCGCGCCAGUUAAACGUGUAAAUUAUCUCAAAAUUUGUAUAUUGUGCCAACCCUGCAACAUUUAUUUUUAACAUAUAAUCACAAUUACUCACCCUUAAUAUCCGACCAAAGGUAGCGAGCCAUGAUUGCAAUGUUUUAGAAUUGUUACAUUUUUGUAGAGUGUGUAAUUGUAUUGUUCUGUAACCUGGGUAACCUUGGUAACCUUGUUCUGUAACCUUGGGAACAUCGUACUUGUUACUGAGACACUUUGUAUAUAUUCUUAGAUUUGUGGGUAGAUUUACACUUUGUAACAACGGGCCAUUGAAAAUGACGGCUAUUGUCGGUUUUCUGGCGAUAUGCGUAGUUUUCAGUGACCAAUAACUAAACAGCAGUAUUACUUUUGACUUGUUUGACCAGUCCCUUUAAGUUUUCCCUUACUCGUAAAUGGAUAAUCAAUGCGAAUAAUAAUGAAUAUGUGCAUGUGGAAUAUUUAUCAAGUUUGUUUGGUAUGCAGCAGCUGUCCCAGGGCAAUAGCUUAAUGAAGAUAGCAGGUGCAUUAUAUCUCAAAGAUAUCGGAUUGUUCUUAUCAUUUUGUAUUUGUAUUUAGCCGCAAACUCCCUUUUAAUUUAGUUGCCAAAAGUGACGGGUAUUAGAAGGAUUUGCGGCGAAAGAUAAAGAAUAGGUUAUUAUAAAUAUGAUGGCAUGUCGAGUUUUAUACCAAGUAUUACUAGCUUUGUUAUUAAAUAUCAUUAUUAUUAUCAUUACUAUUAUUGUAAUUUUUCAAGGGCAGAACAAAUUUUGAUUUACGAGAAAUUGGGCAGAGAAAUUUAGUUGUUCUUUCUUAACUUAUUUUUUGUCUCUAUCUAAUGAUAAUCCUAACACCCAUGUUUAGUAGUGGUUUUUAGUCUCUAAAUAAUAAGUUCCCUCCUAUAUUAUAGAUUGGCCUGUAAGAUGUGGAAAAUUUAGAUUGUUAAUAGCAAUUAAUUCGUCGAUCAAUGAACUGAUAAUUCUUUGUGGCAUGCCCUUAUAAGGGUAUCACGUGAUAAUUCUUUGGCGUGUGUUGUGUAAUUAUGCUCUGAAAUAAGCUCUCAAUGAUUUUAAUAUCAAUGUACAUAUGCUUAAUGCUUAUAUUUAAAUUAUUAGAUAUCUCAAUAGUAUGGAAAACAUGCAAGUUUGGGAACGUUGCCUUGGCAACAACCCCGUGGUUCAGUGUUUUUUUUUUCAAUUUUUAUAGUGAAAUUCUUUGGAUAAUUGGAAAUAAGACGUGUUUUAUUAAGAUCACUGGAGAUGUUAUUGGGGUUGUCACGUUAGAAUGUGGUUGUCAGGGUAACGCUGUAAUGGUUGUCAUGGCAAUAUUAGACAUUGUUUUCGUCUAGUACUCUUCAUCGCUCUGAAUUUUCUGAGCAUUUCUUGCGACAAAAUAUUGCUUUCACCGGCCCGAACAUGACUUAGCUCGGUCAUCGCUCGAUUCUAAAAAUAGCUCAAUGUUUACAAUGUAGCACUGUGCUGGCCCAGUGAAAUGUCCGGUUAGCUGUCACGUGACUAACUUCUUGCCACGUGACACUAUCCGGUAUUUCCUGAUCCAAGAGAGUACGACUAAACGAGAUGCUUGGCAACGCACGUGACAUCUCGUCGCGCUCUCUCAUUGGCUGCCGGGAAAUCACGUGACGGCGCAGCUCGUCCUCGUUGGUUACCUUGGUAACGCACGUGGCACAAGCUCAAUAUAAAUUGAUCAGGAAGAUUAUUGGAGUGCAGUGCACAUAAACCCUGGGCAUUGUAUACGUGGUGUUUCCUGCCUGCCUGCAAACUGAACCAGCACACACAGAGCGCGGCGGAUGCAUCCUGUCGUCACAUGACAACCAAAUAAAUCACAUGACAACCAAAUAUACCACGUGACAACCCAAUAACACCGUGAACUUAGUGAUGUACUUCUCCUAAAAUGUAGAUCAGGUUUGAGAGGUUUGUGUUUUAUACUACGGUGAUCUGUGUAAUCCCGGUUGGAAUAUGUUUCUGCGCCUGCUGGCUUAUGCUUACUACCACGUGUAUUAAAGCGGAACUAAGGGUGAAACCCACAUGCUUACUAGUGUAUUGGCCAGCAGUGCUGUGUAGCAUAUAUCUGGGCUCGUGAUUUUCUUUUUCUACUUGAGUUUUGCGGGGCAUUACUCCUGAAUCUUGUAGGUGUUUUUAAACUAAACAAUUACAAUUACAACUUCCCAAUUUGUGUAUCACUGUCAUGUCAAGUGAUUGUGGGCCGUUGAAGUUUUUUGGGUGGAAAAACCAUCACUUCAAAUCGGUAUUGAAUAUAUAGAUAAUAUGGUUUUUAAGUUGGAACAUAUUGGAAUGCUACCUGCAGACCGGAUAAAUGAAUACCGUUGUUAAGAAGAGAGAUGAUGAAGAAGAGUGUGUUAGAAAGAUGAUUUUGUAGAUACCAACCACGUACAUUCUGCCACUAUUGCUCUCCACUACUGGCCUUUAAAGUUUAGUGGGACAUGAAUACAACUGUCAUCGUAAUAAUUGUCUGUUUUUCUAAAAAUAUUAACAACUCGACAUUUCAUCGAGUUGGUAUUGGAGGAGGCAAAUUGCCUAAACUCUGCCACUUAAACCAUCGGAAUUUUUAUAGUUGUUAUUUAUUUUCCAAAUUGGCUCCUGCUUGGGCUAAGUAGAAGGAUAAAUACGAGAUUGACGUAAAACAAGCAAAACCCUCCCUUAUUGAGAGCAAUAGCGGCAGUAUUGGUAAAGUAGACUACGAUAGCAGUGUACUGUUUGUAAUGGUAGUGUGACAUGCCCAUAUAUGGGUGUCCCGUGAUGGUAGUGUGUCUGUGUAUUUCCAUCACCCGACCAGUGAUCCUAUCCCAGAUCUAGUUAUCUUGAGUUUUAGCUGUCCUUCUGCAACAACUUAGCCGAGAAGUACUCUUAAAAUUCAAGAUUAAUGCGGCUUAUAAACUGUCAACAUCCCGUUUAUUUGAGGAUAUUACUGAAUAUCAACAAAAUCAUUGAAAUGGUUGACGACAAGUCAUUUAAAUAUGGCUAUUAUCCCAAAAUUAACAAUCAAAAUCAUUUAAAACUGUGUCUGGAAUAUCUUGACAGAGCACAGUUAUCGCAUCAAGUGAUAGGUACUCUAGGUACCGUUACCAUGGUAACAUAGGUACUCUAGGUACCGUUACCAUAGGUACACUGGUCGGGUGACAAAUAGGUUACAACUUAGAAGAUAGGAGGGUGUCUAUAUAAAACUUUACUCUAGUUUCUGUGGUAAAGGGGGAUCCCUCGAGCCAGUAGAAUGAUUGGUCUAUAAAUAGAACAUGUUACAUUUGUGAUUAAGUUAAAGAGUAUUUUAAUAUUUGAUGUUUAAUAACCGAGUUUUAAUUCGU